AUGCGCAGGACUGACUCGCCUAUGCCUUCUAACGGAUACAGAACUAGUGUUUCUCCCAGAGGACGACGAUAUAGUCGAUCACGUUCCCGUUCUAAGUCACAUUCACGCCGUUAUAGGAGUCGCAGUGGUAGCCGAGAUUACUAUCGUCGUAGCCCUGGUUACGGUUAUCGCAGUUCGGGUCGAAAACGCUUUCUUGGGCCUCGAGAAAAUCCUAACCCAUCUAGGUGUUUAGGAGUUUUUGGAUUAUCCCUGCACACUCAAGAAAGAAACUUGUAUGAUAUUUUUUCCCAAUAUGGAAAUAUCGAAGAUGUGCAGCUGGUUUUUGACAACUAUACUGGUCGUUCUCGAGGAUUUGGCUUUGUAUAUUUCACGCAUGUAGCCGACGCAAAAGCUGCUAAGGCAGAUGCACAUGGUAUGGAAAUUGAUGGACGACCAAUUCGAUGUGAUUUCAGUAUAACUGAACGUCCUCAUUCCCCAACUCCAGGGAUUUACAUGGGUCGGCCAUCUAGACGCCCCAUUCCGCGGAGACGAAGUAUUUCUCCACGUGGACGCUAUUCUCGUUCAAGGUCUCGAUCGCGUAGCUAUGAUCGGCGUUACUAA